UUUCCCCCAUUCUUCCGACGUUGACUCCUGUCUAGUCCUCCGGUGGUGAAAAUAGGUGUAUUACUCUGUAGAAUAAUUGUAUCAAGCAAUCAUAUUCAGGGGUCAGCUAAAUCUUACUAGUUCAUAAGCAGAUUCAUUGGAAUUUGCAUUAGAUCAUCGUGUAGUCACUUUCUUUUUGCUUGAAGAAACAUAUUAUUUCAUCUUCUGAGGAAUCCAUUGAUAUGAUGGCAAUCAAGCGUAUGUUUAACUACAUUCCAACAUUGAGAUACUCCUCAGACUCAUAUCUUAAAAGCGGAGACAGGUUGAAACAAACAAGAAUAUUUUCAAGUCAAGAUCUUGUUGAAUUCUCGAAGCUGAGUUUUGAUGCAAACCCUCUGCAUUUAGAUCCUGAAUUUGCAAGGAAUGCUGGAUUUAAAGAUAGAGUGGUUCCUGGAAUGCUUGUUGCAUCUCUAUUCCCAAGGAUCAUUGCUUCUCAUUUCCCUGGAGCAGUAUAUGCCUCACAGACAUUGCACUUCAGAUCGCCGGUUUACGUAGAGGAGGAGAUUACUGGAGAAGUUGAAGCUACUAGCAUAAGAGAAUCAAAGAAGAAAUAUAUUGCCAAGUUUACAACCAGGUGCUUCAACAACACUGGGGUUCUUGUUCUUGAUGGAGAGGCUAUGGCUGUCCUACCAACAUUAUGUCCAACAAAAGCCUAAACUUUGGAUUCAUUGGUAUGGCUUCACCCCUAAAACCAAACCAAAGAUCUCCCAGCUCUUUUUAGGGGGUUCGUUACGGUCAACAAAUCAGCAACCUGAGUAUAUCCCAAUCAGAAGUAGGGUAUGGAAUGAUAUGGUUUCACCCCUAAAAGUAAACCGACCCAAACUCAGUAUAUCGGAGCGAUAUGGUUUCAGCCCUGCCACUAUUAAAGCCGAAAUGAGCCAUUCCUGCCUCACUUGCUAUGUACAACAGCAACUUCUUUUAUUGUCUUGGAUCAUUUUAAUAUUCUGAUUUAGUAAGUCCCUUUUAUUUUGUGUAAGAUCGUUCAUAUGUGAAUCAUGUUUAUCUUGAUUCAGUAAUUUCACUAUGUUCAUCGAUGCUGACCAACAGCUUCACAGAAAGGUUCG